UUCACUGAGAUGAGAAGGGUUUUGGCAGUAGAUACCCGUGCUGUGUACAGAGGGCUUGACCAUAGGCACUGAUGCCUUAUAUGCUAGAAGCAUGAUAUGUGUGAUUCUGAGCAAUGGUUGAAGGUGUUUUUAAACAGAGAUAUUACCACGGAGUAAUAUGCAACAUUUUUAUCACACUGGUAACAAUUCCAAGAUGGCGCAGCAGUAGGACAUGUGUUUGUCUUGUCCCAUGUAAAUAGUCUGUUUCUUCUGGGGGGUUUUCCGUAUAUAUCUUAAUCUCACUUUCCAUCUACGAACUAAAUAUACUUUCCUGUAACCCGCCUCAUCCAAUGUGGUACGGAUCUGCUAUUUUUAUACUUUAUUACCGGAACCUCCAUCAGCAGCUAGCCAGCUAACUAGCUAUUAGUCAUUGUUAGUCACUGCUAGCGGUCUUCACCUUUAGCUCGGACACCAGCCAGCCUUAGUUUGGUCAAUUCCUGCCAGUUUGCACAGCGCGAUAUCAACCCAGAGCAUAUCGGACUGCUUUUCUCUACCACAUCGCCGGAUUCCUGCCGCAAGCUCUGGACCAUUACACUGGAUCAUCGCAGCUAGCUGCAACCGAGUGGCUAAUGCCUCUGUCCCGAAGCAAGCACCAGUUAGCCUUGAGCUUGGCCCAUCUCCCCGCUAGCCGUAUGCCAGUAUACCAGCUAAUUCUUAGGCUACAAUAGCUCUUCUGCCAAUUGGCCUACCUGGUUAAAUAAAUAUGUACUUACUACUUACUUUAAGGCAACCAUCAUUCUUCAUGUUUUUGUAAAAUGGUUGACUUAAUGACUUUUAUUUUACUUGAAAUCUAGUGUGUUGAACAUAGUGUUUUUUGUUCAAAUAUGAACUUUUUCUUAUUAAAGGUCAUGGUAUAACAACUUUUUGUUCACACAUUCAACAUCAUUUCUAGAAGUCAGCCAAACCUCCAUGUAAGGAUCAAUGCCAUUCAUCAUAACCAAAUGCCAUCCAAUCACAUUUGGGUUGUACAAAUUCCGAGGCAUGGAGAGAGAUGGGGGGUGUCUCCCUAUACACCCUCUCUCACACAGCCAUCCCCCGAUUCUCUCCUGCCCCCCUCACCCCCACCACCCACCCCCUCUCCCAGAAGCAGGAUCUCAAUUACAUGGGUGAGUGGUGCCUUUCUGACCCAACAAAAGAAAAAUCCGGCUGGUUGGGAUGGAAACUGGACGGGGCGAGACAGAGUCAGAGAGACCAGUGGGAUGAGAACCCCCCCCCCCUCCAUAACACUCCUCGCAAACACACACACACAUACCCACUAGAAUGUUAGAUAUAAGCCUACUUCACCCAUCCCUUUUUUUAAACCCAGAUGCUUGCCUGCUAGACACUUACUUCAAUCAAGAGAUACCAGGGAGUGGACCUUAGAUGACUAUGUCAGCAGUGACCACCCAGCCCCUUCCCUUCGGCCGUCUGGAGAGAGAGAAGCACAUCGAGAGGCUCUUCAGAGCCUUCCACAGUCAAAGGAGGCUCUCCACCAAUCCCCAGGGUUUGCCUGGCUCCAUACCCCACCACGGGACAUCUGACCUGGGCUCAGAGGACCAGCAGCAGGGCCUAGGCCCUGGAGGUCCGGGGGGUAAAGGGGAGAAUGGCCACAUGAGGCCCAGGGCUUCUGGAGGGCCAGAGAUAGCAGGGGAGCAGUGGUUGAAUGGUGUGGGUGGACAGGAGGGUCUGGCUCUCCUGGACGCAGUCAGCCAACUACGUAUCACAGCCAGGCCAGAGCUGCAAGGUCCACAAUGUGUGUCCCGCAGGACCUACAGCAUUGCCACCGGGGACAGCAGUGAGCAGCUCUUUGUGGCUGUAGAAGAGAGUUCCUGUAUGUGUCUGCAGUGCUGCGGUCCGGCCCGGUCCUGCUCCCUACAAGGUUUUGACCGCCAGGCCCGCCAGAUCUUCCUGUUUGAAAGACCCCUCAGGGUGGACGCGUGCUGCCUUGGCUGCUGCUUGAUGGAAAUGAGGGUCUACACCCCCCAACGGCAGCUCAUAGGGAGCGUACGACAGCAAUGGAGUAUGUUCACCCCUCUCCUUGAAGUGUGUGAUUCCGAUGGAACCUCCACUAUAAGAAUCCAGGGAUCAUGCUGCCCCUACCGAUGCCUCUCUAACCAAGAAUUCCAGGUGGUCUCAGCCAUCGGUGAGAAAAUUGGCUCCAUAUGGAAGAAAUGGCCUGGGUUUAACGAAGAGUGCAACAUGGAUCAUGAAUACUUUGGGUUAGAGAUUCCACAGGAUAUGACAUCACAGACCAAACUUCUUCUGCUGGCGGCCACGUUCCUACUGAAUUAUAUGUUCUUUGAGAUGAGCUGAACCGGCACCAGACAAUCAGAGAUGAGAAAAUGUAGGUAAUCAAAAGUGGACCAUGAGAACUGCAGAAGCCAAAUGACCAUCGGCGAGUUUCACAGCUUCGCCCGAUGCCACGCCAUCAGAGAUUGAACACAUGGACAGUUGUUUGGGGGAGGGGUGCAAAUGUUAGCGACACCUAAGAUGUACUAGCCUGCAUAGCAUGACCUCCUUUCCUUUAUUUAGUCCUCAUUUAGUUGUCCUAAUAGAAGAGAUACACCCAAUAAAUCUUAAUAGAUACCUGGCAUUGGCUUAUGCUCCCAUCGCAACAAUUUGACUGACUGACAAUCAGUUCAAACUAUCUUUGUUUGGAAAGAU